AUGUCAAACCCUGACUUCAAGAGACUUGAGUACUACAGAAACAUCAUCUAUGGUUGCAGUAAAGAUGCAUCUUGUAAUCACUCCCACCUGACUUUCAACAUGAGCAUUUAUAAUGGGCUGGAAAUCGGUGAUGAUGGAUCCUCCUGGCUAAGAAUACUCAUCUCUGUGGUUUAUUUUGUUGUGGCCACUGCUGGAGUGUUGGGGAACUUGUUAGUAAUGUUCCUGCUCUAUUCUACUCACACCAUUUCAACAGGCAUCAUCAAUUUCUUUGUGUUCAACUUAGCUUUGGCUCACCUACUCUUCUCCCUGGCCUUGCCAUUUUGGGCCAUAGAGCUUGCACUGGACUACAGUUGGCCUUUUAGCGUGGCCACGUGCAAAGCUGUAUCCUUACUCACUGGGCUUAAUGUCUUUGCUACCUGCUUUUUCCUAACAGCUAUGAGUGUGACCCGGUACUGCUAUGUGGCAACUGCGCUCAAACCCAGUCCUUCCCUUUGCAGUAGAUUUUGCACUACUCCAGUGGCCACAGCUUUUAUCUGGGCCGCAGCACUCAUAGCAGCGGCACCUCGAGCUGUGUUUGCAGAUCUGGGCCGUGUGGGUAGUGGUAACGACACAGCAUGCCUAUACCGUUUCCCAGAUGGUACAGCCUGGCUUGGAAUAAACCAGCUCCUGCGAGUGGUGCUGGGAUUUCUGCUGCCCUACGCCACUAUCAUCCUCUCCUACUUGCUUUUGUUGCGCUUCCUCUGUCGGCAUAACCUGAAAGGCAGCAACUCUAGGCGAAAGGCUGAUGUUUCAAAGUCUGUGGCAGCUGUGGUACUGUCAUUCUGUGCCUGCUGGUUUCCCUACAAUGUUCUCACCCUUUGGAGUGUAAUGCUCCACCUCGACAUUGUUGAUAUCAGUCCCUCAUACUACUUGGCUCAAACAUACUUUUUCCCCCUGGCCAACUGCUUGGCCUUCAGCAGCAGCUGCUUUAACCCUGUCAUCUACUGCCUGGUUCGUAAAGAAUACCGUGUGGCUCUCCAUAAUGUGCUCUUCAAACUGAGCCUGGCUAUUAUGUCCAAGAUGCCCUAUGGCAUUAAUACUGACGAGGGAUCGGGACAUGCUGUAGAACUGGCCAUUCCCCUCAACGACUUGUACAGCCAGACAACCCAAACUGACACAAGGAGAUACGCACCACUGUCAACACUUCCAACAGUGGAUUCCAGCUUGUAA